AGAAAUUUCUUGAGAAUAACAUUCCUUAGCUGCUACUGGUGACUUCUUCCUCACAGGACGGGAGAAUAUAAGGGGACUGCAGAAAAUACCUGUUUCCAGAGUACCUGGAGAAGGAGUGAAAUCUCCAAACAGAUGAAUUGGAUGGAGACAUGGGACUCUCUGGAUCUUAACGCUGGAGACAACUGAAGCCAUAGUAGCAGUAACUCUGCAUUCCAGUAGAAGCUGGGAUAUGUAUAACCCUAAGUGAGGGUUAUUAUUAGCAUUUCAGAAUUUCAAGCCAGUCUUGCCAAACUUGGGGUUUUUCUGAUAAUAAGUCCUAAACUCUGAUACCCAUGGAUGCUGCAGAGUUCCGCAAGAGAGGAAAGGAGGUGGUGGACUAUAUUGCAGAUUACCUGGAGAAGAUAGAUGAAAGACAGGUCUUCCCAGAUGUGGAACCAGGAUAUCUAAGGCCCCUCAUUCCGGACUGUGCACCCCAGGAUCCUGAGAGCUUUGAGGAUGUCUUUAAAGACAUUGAGAAGAUCAUUAUGCCAGGGGUGACUCACUGGCACAGUCCAUACUUUUUUGCCUACUUCCCUGCAGCCUCUUCCUUCCCAGCUCUUCUUGGAGAUAUGUUGUGUAGUGGAAUAGGAUGUAUGGGAUUCUCUUGGGCUGCAAGUCCAGCUUGCACGGAGCUGGAGACUGUCAUGCUGGAUUGGCUAGGGAAGAUGAUUAAUUUGCCUGAAGAGUUUUUAGCUGUGAAAGAUGGCCAAGGUGGAGGAGUCAUUCAGGGAAGUGCAAGUGAGGCCACCUUGAUUUCACUGCUUGCUGCAAGAACAAAAACUAUCAGGCGGGUGCAGUCAGAAAAGCCUGAGCUAACAGAAUCAGACAUCAUGGGUAGGCUGGUGGCCUAUGCUUCUGAUCAGGCUCAUUCGUCAGUGGAAAGGGCUGCAUUAAUUGGUGGUGUGAAGAUGAAAAGUGUUUCUACAGAUGACACAUUUAGUGUUUGUGGUUCUGCGCUAAGGAAAGUUUUGGAUGAAGACAAGGCUUCUGGUCUUAUCCCAUUCUUUUUGUGUGCAACACUUGGAACCACACCUUGCUGCUCCUUUGACAAACUGUUAGAACUGGGUCCUAUCUGUAAUAAGGAAAAUAUCUGGAUGCAUAUUGAUGCAGCCUAUGCUGGGAGUGCAUUCGUCUGCCCUGAAUUCAGGCAUCUCUUAAACGGAGUGGAGUUUGCAGAUUCAUUUAACUUUAAUCCUCACAAAUGGCUCCUAGUGAAUUUUGACUGCUCUGCUAUGUGGGUGAAAAAAAAAGCAGAUUUAACAGGCGCCUUUAAAUUAGAACCUCUUUACCUGCAGCAUCACCAUCAGGAGUCUGGCCUUGUAACAGAUUAUCGGCACUGGCAAAUCCCCCUGGGGAGGAGGUUCCGCGCCCUGAAGCUCUGGUUUGUGCUGAGGAUGUACGGGGUCAAGGGACUGCAGGAGCACAUCCGCAAGCACAUCAGGCUGUCGCAUCAGUUUGAACAUUUCGUCCUUCAGGAUGAAAGAUUUGAGAUCUGUGCUGAGGUUGUCUUGGGACUAGUCUGUUUUCGGCUGAAGGGCUCAAAUGAACUAAAUAAGGCGCUUCUUAAGAGCAUAGAGGAGGCCAAGAAGAUUCAUCUGGUCCCAUGCCACCUGCGAGAGAAGUUUGUGCUACGUUUUGCUAUUUGUUCCCGCACAGUGGAAUCCACCCACGUCAAGUUUGCCUGGCAGCACAUCUCACAGCUGGCAACUGAUCUGCUGAAAACAUGGGAGCAAGAUCACCACCAGCAGCGACAGCAGUGAAGUAGCAGUGGGGAGGAGGUAAUCAACUGGCUUUCUCUGCAUUGCCAAGUUUUAUUUUAGGGGCAGGUGGGAAAGUCAAAUUAUGAAGGAAAAAAAUACAAACCCUGUUGUUAUAUAGCCCAGCUGUAGUAGCAAAAUCCUUGCCAGCAAGUUGUGUUGUAGCCUUAGUCAUUCCUUAUCUGUACUGUAGUUUCAUCUUGCCUGUUUCCAGGAUGCUCAUUGCCAUGGGGGCUCGAGCUGCCAUUUCUUACCAGUUUGUAAUCAAGAGCAUUUAUUGAACCAGGCAAUGGAAAUGGGAGGGUUUGUGCUCCCUCCAUUGUCCCCAUUAACCUCGAGCACACCCACUCCUUUCUUCACAGGUGAAACUGCGAGGUGUUAUAAACAAUUAAUUUAACAUUACUAUGACUUCAGAAAGAAUCCAUGUUGGGGGAAGUUCAGUAACCUGGUUACAACACUGCUCAGGCCCUAUCUCAACAUGCACACACAAAUGUUGUGAUGUGGGGCAUUGUCAUGUCAUGACACGCUUGCUGCAGUAAUUUUGUAAAUGAAGUUAGGACUUCCAGACUUCCUUCAUAACAUAGCCAUAUCAGGGAGGGAGGGAGCCCUAACUGAACCCUAACCUUCCUUAUGGCAGGUUUUCUACUUUCUCCUAAAGGGUUUGCUUUUGAAACAGCCAUUUUGACAAAUCUCAGCAAAUAGUUUAUGCUGUCUGUUGAUUUUCACUUUGAUCAUUCACAAUGAGGUGCUACCUGGUAUUCUAUAUUUUUAAGCAAGUUAUUAUAAGCAGUGAUUACUUGAAAAUAAUCUGUAAACUCUGCUCUGUGAUAUAGAGUUGUGAUUUCUUUUUAUGGCUACCAUUCUGCUUACUUCAUUGUGUGAUAAAUCUUUGACAAAAUCUGCUAAGAACUGUGAUAGCAAAAAUGUUACUCUUCGCUUCUCAAUUUAGCUAACAAACAAAUUAACAAAUUACAAUAAAAAUAGAAAUUAAGAGAACUAACCCACAAAAUAUGCCAUGGUGCCCCCAUCAGUGGUUUUCUUCCAUUAACAGUGAUGCAUGAAAUAUGAAAAUAUUGGGAAAAAACUAACCUCCAGAGAAAGUCAAACCAUUGAUAUGUCUUCCUGUUGGAGGCAGGUGCAGUAAAGAGGUGAAACGAAAAUCAGAAACAAUCUCUGACUUUUAAUAAGUACUUCUGCCAUUCUGAAAACAUAUUCCAGACAGUUAUUUAAAUAAGAACAAAAUAGCUACUCCAAGACAAAUAAUCUAUAGGAUUCAUUUCUAUGUUCACAUUUGUUUUAAUCUUUUCCUUUUACUGCUCAUAUCAACUUCUAAAGCACCUGGAACAACUCGCACAGUUAUUUAGCUUUCUUGCUCUGUCCCUUGCAAGUGUAGUUCCUACAUUUGGGAAGUUGCAAGGAGGCCACGAAACAUGCACCGGGACAGUUACUUUGGCACACAGUCUGCUCCUACCCACUGUCUUUCCAGAAGGGAUUAAAGAAGCUGACUAUGGAGCAGGUGGAUUUUGCUGGUGAUUCCUAAUCACCUCACUUCUGCAGUGCAAACUCGGGAAGGAUCAGCAUUAAUGUGUGGUGCAAGUGGUACAUAAGAGACGUACAUGAAUCCUGACACUUAGGAAAAGCUGACCAAGCCCUGCCUUUCCAGCAGGUCAAGCUAGGCGACAAGAGGAGGGAUGGCAAACCGCCCUUCUGUAAGGCUAGCCAGAGGCUAUGCUGUCCACCCAGACGGAAAAGCGGGUUACUGUUUCUUUAAGGAAUUGAUUUCACAGGUAACAGAUGAAGCAAGGGAUGACAAAUUCAUCUGGCAAAACCAAGUGAUAUUUGAGCAGGUGACUGGGCCAUUCCACAAAACACUACCCUCAGCUACAGUAUCAGAAACUUUGAUAGCAUCAUUCUCUUUAGCAGAACCACUACGAAAUUAAGCUUUGCUGCAGUAGCCCAAUGCAAUAGAUUGGUAGACUGAAGAGAGCAGAAAAUGCUGGCAGUUUUUGCCUUUCUCUGUUAUUAGUUUUUUUCCAACCAACAUUAUUCAUGUUUCAUGGCUUGGGAAACAGUGUUCGUCCGUAGCACAUAUGCGCCACACUGACACAAUUUUACAGCUUUUACAUUAUGAAAACACUAGAAUCUAGGAGCCAGAGAAGAAUUACACCUUCUCUAUGAGACAGGCCCGUAUUUUAUAUGCGAAAUAUAUAACCAGGUCUGCCCAGGAAAAAAGAAAGAGAUCAGAUUCUGAUCAAAGCUAUCAUAGAGUAAAUCCAGGAUAAUUCCACUGAAAUGAGAUGGACUUGCUUUGGGGUUAUGUGAUUAUAAUUGAAAUUAAAAUCUAAAUAAUAAAUUUUGGAAAAGAAAUACAUAAGGUAAGGCAGCACUAGGCUGAACAUAAGAGGAUUUUGGUGGAAAUCCUCUCCAUGGAAACCAGAGCAGAGGUGGAUGAUGCAUGCCUGUGUGAGCCUCGAACUGCUGCAGAACGGGGACGCGGGCAGGAUGCACAUCCAAGCCCAGGAGAGGUGAAAUGUUCCCAGCAGCCCAGAAUCAGACAUAGGUCCCUCUAGACAUUUGUGGGAAAAUGCUGCUGAAACUGACAUUCAAUUAAACAUUUUUCAGCAUGUGGCUGUCAGUUUUAGAAGCGGCUGCUGUCCACAUACCAAAACUCCUUUUGGCAACUAAUUUAGAAUAAAGAUUAAUAUUAAAAAUUAUAAAAGCAGUAAAUGUAAAGAAAUCUGAAGUUCACAUAUCAUCCCAAUUCUGGGAUGAUAUGAAGGCCUUCUUAGUAUUCAAUCUCUCGUACCCUCUUUUCCUCACGUGAUAAUUCCUUUGUAGACUAUUAAUGUUAGGUCAUCUGAAAAUGAAAGCUGGACUAUGUAAUCAACUCAAGAACAAAAGUGUUGAAAAGAACAUUUUGAAAGAAGAACAUAACUGCUGUUUCUGUUCUGUAGCUUUGCAACCUAUCUCUAAGUGAGAAAUACUGUAUUUAUGAAUAGUUAAUAUGUGAACCUGGAUUUAUUGUGCCUUGUGUGCAAAAGCUAAUACAGUCUGUGCCUAUUAAUACUGUUUGAUGUUAAAAAUAAUUACAAAAUCUCAGAACUGUACUUGAGUAGAAUAGCUACGUCUCGUGGGAGACAGUGCAGCUACUAGAGGAGGGAAAAAAGUAACUUCUCAGUAACCAUACAUGUUUCUUUUUAAAAACUAGCAGAGUGCUAGUACAAUGCUUACAUUCUUAAUAAUAAUGCCAGAUUAUAAAUAUAUUUUAUUACUCAUGGUGAAAUAUUGAAAAGAGAUGUAUUUAUGAAAGUAUUGCUAAUAUAUUAUACUCUGAACUGCAUUAUAAUUAUUAAAUUUCUGAUUUUCUCUUGCCUUGAUUUAUAAGAUUCUGCUCACAGUUGUUGUUUUGUUGUUGUCAUCUCCUGUAAGGAUACCAUAUUUGGUGAGUAGUACUCACAUUGCCGUUGCCUUACAACGGCAGUCUAAACCUUGAGACAUGCAUAAACUUGAAUUGCUCAAAGAUGGAGCAAAUGAGAAACAAAACUGAGAACCCUGAAGACUGGAGGGCAGAUUAAAUAUCCAUCGGUGGAUAAUAUCUACAUAGCAUAUAUGGAGUCUGUAUGACCUAAAUGGAAAUAUAAUUAGAUGUUUAGUGCUUUUUUCUUGUAAUUUGUGAGCUGUUGAGUUCCUUUGAAAUCUAUACCCAAAGCCUAGCAAGCAGACAUGUAGGUUUUAAUUGGCAGCAUUAAUAA